AUGAUAGCAGAAGCCAGUGUCAGACUUGUGCUGUUUCUAGCGACCAGCUACCUGACAACACCUGUGAUUACCUGGUGCUAGACUUGUGCUGUUUCUAGCGACCAGCUACCUGACAACACCUGUGCUUACCUGGCAUGACGAUGUUGGCAGCUCUGUGUCUCUGUGCUCUGGCACUGCUCACACCAGUCUCUGGAAGAACAGCCCUGGAAGAAAGAGAACGAGUGAUUGUGGCCAGGAUUUUACAUCUUCUGGAGACCAACAGCACAUAUGCCGCUUUGUACAAUAAAACUUUCGGUCCCAUAGAUCCCCAGGCAGCUCAUAGCUCACGUGUGACCGACGGGUCCCCGUUCCCCUGCCCGCCCCUGCCACCGUCCCCAGCCGUCCCCACAUCAGUCCACAGCCUGAGACCCUCAGACGUCAAGGUCAUCGCAGCCCUGGGGGAUUCUUUGUCGGCAGGCCGCGGGGCCGACUGUGGGAUCAUUGGUCUACUCAUUGACUACAGGGGCUUGUCCUGGAGUAUUGGCGGGGAUGACUCGUAUGCGGAUUACCACUCAGUGCCAAAUAUUUUACGUCAAUACAGGCCAGAUCUGUAUGGCUACUCAGAGGGAAAAGGAGACUCCAAGUCUCGUUUUAAUGUGGCCGUCAGUGGCGCCAAAGCGGGGGACGUGCUGGGACAGGCCCAGAACCUCGUGAACCUGAUGAAGGCUAGCAGCAACAUCGACUUCAUCAACGACUGGAAGGUCAUCACCCUCUUCAUCGGCGGCAACGAUUUGUGCGACUGGUGCGAUGAUAGGCAAGCGUACAGCGCCAAGACGUACGCCAGCCACCUGCAGCAGACCCUGGACUACCUGCACGCCAACGUCCCCCGGGCCUUCGUCAACUUGGUCGAGGUGCUCAACAUUGAGAUGGUGCGGGAUCUAGCGGAUAAUCUUCUGUGUGCUGCUGUACAUUUCUUCGCCUGUGAUUGUGCAGCCAACCCUGACGGUCAGGCUGACCUGAACGAGCUGAUCGCGUUACGUCAGGGCUACCAGCAGGCGUCACGUGACCUGGUGGCGUCUGGACGGUACGACACACGGGACGACUUCACCGUCGUCCUGCAGCCAUUUUACCGCGAGACUUUCCUGCCAAGAACGGCUGACGGGGAACCAGACAUGUCGUUUUUCGCCAGUGAUUGUUUCCACCACAGCAAGAAAGGUCAGCAGGCCGCAGCUGAGGCUCUGUGGAACAACAUGGUGGAGCCAGUGGGAUCUAAAAGAUUGAACUGGAUGCCAGGAGAGCCGCUAGAGUGUCCCACAGAGGACCGCCCAUAUCUAUUCACCGCCAAGAACAGCGCCGCCUACACACGCGCCAAGCCCCCACCCGUAUAUUGAUGACGUCACAGGAUAAUAAAUCUAUGUCUUA